CACGCCCUCGAACAGUGACGAAUGAUACCUACCAUACGGCUACACAUCACCUAGUGAUCUUUUAGUUCACAUUACGCAUUUUUCACCAAUUUCUUUUGGUGAAGGACAUUCAGAAUCAGCCCUCACUGGAAGAGCAAACCAGUUUGGGUUCUCCACGCAGUCUAGACUCUCGACGAGCUCAUAUGUUUUGGCUAGACCUAUGAUCAUUCCCGUGAGAUUUCGCUGCACGUUUUCUCAAGUGUCUUCCAUGACCUUAAUGUGUAAUACCUCAACAUGGACCUGCUACUUUAGCUAAGACAUGACCAGCAAUGAAUAGUAGUAAGAUAUGUUCUGAUUAGAAGGCUCACUUGUGCAGUGUGGAGGAUAAGCAGUGCCUUACAAAAAUGGGGUUUGGGAGUGACCUGAAGAAUUCACAUGAAGCUGUGUUAAAAUUACAAGACUGGGAAUUACGGAUACUGGAAACAGUGAAGAGAUUUAUGGCCCUGAGAAUAAAAAGUGAUAAAGAAUAUGCAUCUACUUUACAGAACCUUUGUAAUCAAGUUGAUAAGGAAAGUACUGUCCAAAUGAAUUAUGUCAGCAAUGUAUCCAAGUCUUGGCUACUUAUGAUUCAGCAGACGGAACAGCUUAGUAAAAUAAUGAAGACACAUGCAGAGGACUUAAACUCUGGACCCUUACACAGGCUCACCAUGAUGAUCAAGGACAAGCAGCAGGUGAAGAAAAGUUAUAUAGGUGUUCAUCAACAGAUUGAGGCAGAGAUGAUCAAGGUUACAAAGACAGAAUUGGAGAAAUUAAAAUCCAACUAUAGACAAUUAAUAAAAGAAAUGAAUUCUGCCAAAGAGAAAUAUAAAGAAGCUUUAGCUAAAGGGAAGGAAACUGAAAAGGCCAAGGAACGUUAUGACAAAGCCACAAUGAAACUUCAUGUGUUGCAUAAUCAGUAUGUAUUGGCGUUGAAAGGGGCCCAGCUUCAUCAGAAUCAGUAUUAUGAUGUCACACUUCCUCUGCUUCUGGACUCCUUACAGAAGAUGCAAGAAGAAAUGAUAAAAGCACUAAAAGGUAUUUUUGAUGACUACAGCCAGAUAACCAGUCUUGUAACAGAGGAAAUAGUGAAUGUCCAUAAAGAGAUUAAAAUGUCGGUUGAACAGAUAGAUCCUAGUACAGAAUACAAUAAUUUCAUAGAUGUUCACAGAACUACAGCUGCUAAAGAACAAGAAAUUGAAUUUGAUACUUCAUUAUUAGAAGAAAAUGAAAUUCUUCAGGCAAAUGAGAUCAUGUGGAAUAAUUUAACAGCAGAAAGUUUGCAAAUAAUGUUGAAAACUUUAGCAGAAGAACUUGUGCAGACACAGCAGAUGCUUUUAAAAAAGGAAGAGGCUGUCCUGGAGUUAGAGAAGAGAAUUGAAGAAUCUUCUAAGGCCUGUGAAAAGAAGUCUGAUAUUGUGCUCUUGCUAAGCCAAAAACAGACACUUGAAGAGCUGAAACAGUCAGUCCAGCAGCUGAGAUGCACUGAGGCGAAGUUUGCAGUACAGAAAGAAUUACUAGAGCAAAAAGUUCACGAAAAUGAUGGAAAAGAGCCACCUCCGGUAGUAAAUUAUGAAGAAGAUGCACGAUCAGUUACAUCUAUGGAAAGAAAGGAGAGGCUAUCCAAAUUUGAGUCUAUUCGUCAUUCAAUUGCUGGAAUAAUUAGGUCUCCAAAAUCUGCACUGGGCUCUUCAGCACUUUCAGACAUGAUCUCCACCAGUGAGAAGCCCCUGGCAGAACAAGACUGGUACCAUGGUGCAAUUCCUAGAAUAGAAGCACAAGAACUGUUAAAACAGCAAGGAGACUUCUUGGUGCGAGAAAGUCAUGGGAAACCUGGUGAAUAUGUCCUUUCUGUAUAUUCUGAUGGACACAGGAGACAUUUUAUCAUACAAUUUGUUGAUAAUCUGUAUCGAUUUGAGGGCACUGGAUUUUCAAACAUCCCUCAACUUAUAGAUCAUCACUAUACAACAAAACAGGUCAUCACUAAGAAAUCAGGUGUAGUUCUGCUGAAUCCUAUUCCUAAGGAUAAGAAAUGGAUUCUCAGUCAUGAAGAUGUCACAUUAGGAGAAUUACUGGGCAAGGGAAAUUUUGGUGAAGUAUAUAAGGGCACAUUAAAGGAUAAAACUUCUGUUGCUGUUAAAACUUGUAAAGAAGAUCUUCCUCAGGAAUUGAAAAUAAAAUUUUUACAAGAAGCCAAAAUUCUCAAGCAAUAUGAUCAUCCCAAUAUUGUCAAACUUAUAGGAGUUUGCACACAAAGACAGCCUGUCUACAUCAUUAUGGAACUGGUUUCAGGAGGUGAUUUCCUCUCCUUUCUGAGAAAGAAGAAGGAUGAACUAAAACUCAAACAGUUAGUAAAAUUUUCAUUAGACGCUGCUUCUGGAAUGUUAUAUCUCGAGAGUAAAAACUGCAUACACAGGGACCUUGCUGCAAGAAACUGCCUGGUAGGUGAAAAUAAUGUUCUGAAAAUCAGUGACUUUGGAAUGUCUCGUCAAGAGGAUAGUGGAGUGUAUUCAUCUUCUGGUUUAAAGCAGAUUCCUAUUAAAUGGACAGCACCAGAAGCUCUUAAUUAUGGGAGAUACAGUUCUGAGAGCGACGUGUGGAGCUUUGGCAUCCUCCUCUGGGAGACCUUCAGCUUAGGGGUCUGUCCAUACCCUGGAAUGACAAAUCAACAAGCAAGAGAGCAAGUAGAAAGAGGAUACAGGAUGUCAGCCCCCCAGCACUGCCCAGAGGAUAUUUCUAAAAUUAUGAUGAAGUGUUGGGAUUAUAAGCCUGAAAACCGCCCUAAGUUCAGUGAACUUCAUAAAGAGCUCACCAUCAUCAAGAGGAAAAUCACAUAGUGACAGAACAGUGCCAAACUCAGCCUUCAGUACUCUGUCCUCCAGCGGAGUAAUAUUGUUGUUCUCAUUAACAAUGAGUUUAUACCGCCUUA